CGCUGAGUGAGGUGGGGAAGGUAAGGCAGGCGGGCCGAGCGCUUAUUGUGAUCCUGACUCGACCCGCGCUGGCUGUCCGCUCCUCUCAUCUCCUGUUCCUCAUUGGGAGUUUAAAAACGUUAAAGUGAAGCUGAACCCUCCAUCAGUUUCGGGAAGAGUGAAGAAACACUUUUAAAGCGACCAGACUGAUUGCGUGAGUGACUGGCUAACAUUGGGGCCUCAACAUCGAGGUCAUGUAGCACCACCCAGGGAACAGAAGGCAGAAGUUUUCUUAAAGCAACCACAUCAAAGAAAAAAGAGAGAAAAAAAAAAAAACUCACUCCUGUCAUUCGCAUACAAGACCAGACUGAAGUACUGUACUUAGACAGGAUAGACAGGCCAGUGUGAUAACUAAGAACUAGGAUACGAGUGCUGCUGAGAACUAUACAAGGAUGGUGCGUAGCAGAAGGUUUACUGAACGGGCUUACCCACCGUGAAAAGCCCCACUGUUACUACCACCACCUCUGCUACUGCUACCUGACCACUUCACUUAAAGCGCGACUUUACAUCUCACUGCCUCCACCACCACCACCAACACCACAGGCAGCAAUGGACCCCGGCAAGAUCUUUCAAAUCAUCACCAACAGUACUCUCUUAGCCACGCGCCUCCUCCCCGGCGGCAGCGCGUCUCCCCUGCAUUUCUCCUCUCCCCGAUACUGCGCCACGUUGCCCGAGGAUCUCACCCUGGGGGCCGUUGUGCUCACCGUAGCCGCCUCGCACGACCACGGCGCGGAGGUGAGGUACAGCAUCGCAGGUGGCAACAGUGACGGCCUCUUCAGCAUGGACGAGCGCUCGGGAACCCUCAGUUUGGCAGCCUCCCUGGACUACGAGCUGAGCCGCAGGCACGAGCUGGUAGUGGCUGCCGAGGGAGGGAACGCGGCAGCUCGAGCCCUGAUAAUGGUUCAAGUGACAGACGUGAACGACAACCCGCCGGUAUUCCCACAGCCAGAGCCGCGCCUUACAAUUGUCGAGGAGGACGAUAGAGAUCUCCCGGCCACCAUUACUAGGGUCGAAGCAGUGGACGCGGACGAGACGGAUGCAGGGCGGCUGGUGUAUCGUGUGAGCGGUGACGGGGUGGAGCGGCGAGAGGGUGAGGAAGAAGAGGAGGGGGCCUUCUUUACCAUCAACGCUCGCACCGGGGACCUGAUCCAGCUGCGGGCGCUGGACAGAGACCCGCCUCACGGGAUGAGCGUGUGGAGGUUGCGGGUGGAGGUGCGUGACGGGAAGUGGCAGGGAGUGAGUCAAGAAGCAACACCCGCUUUUUACCAUUACUACCCCGGCGACUCAUCUCCCAGGCAGGCGUCCUGGGGCCACCAGAAGCCAGACCAAGGCCCCGAUCACGCCAAGAAGGCCGCGGCAGCACUCCACCAGUCAGGCAGUAGGUGUACCGCCGGGAGGUGCGUCAGUAACAAGAGAAAGCGUAGCAUGUCUCAUCAGGGCAUCAGUAACAGGAAGACUCGAGUGGUUGCAGCGGCGGGCGACAGAGAAGUCCGUCAGCAACAAGGCAACACACGAGGCUUUUGGAAACGUUUACGUGUUGGUGGCGAGCGGCUGGUGACAAACAGUGAGGCAGCGAGGGAGGAAGGUUUCGGACCACCUGGUGAGGGGCAAAGACACCUUACGCUGUCUUCGUCACGUUGCCAACACCAUAACACCUCCACGCAUCUCAACCCCGAGAGUGGUCCUGAGGAACCUCACAGGACACAUUCAGGCCAUUCAGGGUACAAUGCCGGAUUCAGAGAGCGGCGUGAUGUCCCCAGGCCUUCUCCGAAUAGCCAACAGGACGACGGAGGCUGUAGCGCGGCGGGGAUAUCCCUCCGAGGGGGCUCAGCUGGCGGCGACGAGGGCAGGGUGCACGUGGCGGAGACGGUGGUGACGGUGGUGGUCAAGGACAUCAAUGACAACGCUCCUGUCUUCCCAAACGCCACCAUGGUGGGCCAGGUGCAAGAGAACGUCCCAGCUGGCUCGGCGGUGGUGGUGGUGUCGGCUUGGGACGCAGAUGACGCCACGGACGGCAGCAACGCGCGGCUCACCUACGCCAUCGAGAAGAACGUGGUGGACGAGGCCUCGGGCGCCGCUAUCUUCAGCGUAGAGCCUGACACGGGCCUGGUGCGGACGGCGCGCUGCUGUCUUGACCGGGAGGCCACGCCCGAAUACCGCCUGCAGGUGGUGGCCACUGACGGAGGAGGACUCAAGGGCACAGGCACGGUGGUGGUGCGCGUGGUGGACCAGAAUGACAACCCGCCUCGCCUCGCCCGCCGUAGCUGGGAAGUGGAGGUGCAGGAGACCCCUUCCUUUGCGCCGCCCGCUAACACCACCCUUCUGGAGCUGACCGCCGCUGACAGGGACACCGCCACGACGCUCCACUACAGGGUGGAGCCACGCAGCGGGCUUGGCUGGGACAAGUUCGGGGUGCGGUCCUCGGGUUCCUCUGGUCAGUUGUUCGCCCUCAAGAGCCUUGACUACGAGCAGGAGAACCACCGCCGAGGUUUCAUGUUCCGGGUGCAAGUGACGGACCAGGGUCCACACGGAUGGGAAGAUUUGAGCCACGUGGACUCUGCCUGGGUCACAGUGCGUGUGAAAGACGUGAAUGAUAACCCUCCGCUUUUCUCCCGCUCACACGCCCACGUCAGUGUGAGAGAGGACGCCGUCCGCGGCACACUGUUGGCAACACUGCCUGCCCAAGACCACGAUGCGGGUGGGCAGCAGAGUGUGCAGUACAGCCUGGAGGGAGGCUGGGAUGCCCUGGACGUGGAUGCUUACGGCAAUGUAACAUUGCGACGGCAGCUGGACCGCGAGGCUCCGGGAGGAGACGUUAGCGAGGCGCUGAUCGUGGCGGUGGACGGCGGCCACCCGCCACGGUCGGCCACCGCCACACUCACUGUCUCUGUGGAGGACGUCAACGACUGUCCACCAGCCAUCCUGCCGCCCACCCUCCUGCACGUGACGGAGGGCAGCCCGCCGAGCCUCCUGGGCGUCCUCAAGGCGACAGAUCCUGACGUGUGGGCGCUGGGACACGGACCGCCCUUCACAUUCUCCCUGGCGCCUACAAACCCUCCCCACAUCCUUUCUCUGAUCAACCUCAAGUUCGACCCACGCUUGGACAGCGGGCGCGGCGGGGCGGAGCUGUGGACGGCGGGCGCUGUGGAUCGGGAACAGCACCGUCAGCUGAGUGUGGCGGUACAUGUGUCUGACGCUCAGGGCCUGUCCGCCACCCACUGCCUCACCGUGCUGGUGGACGACCUCAACGACAACCCCAUGAAGCCCGCAGCCAAGGCCGUCUACCUGUGGAAGACCCAGGGAGGGGGAUCUGACGCCCCACUUGGCCGAGUGUUUGUCGAAGACCCUGACGACUGGGAUCUGGGGGAUAAGGAGUUCGAGUGGGCUGGUGCUCCACACCCACUCUUCACGCUGCAACCUCGUGACGGGACCAUCAUGGCCUCCAGCAGUCUCCGGGAGGGCAGGUACGAACUGCAGUUCUCCGUCAGUGACAGGGCGUGGCGGCAGCGGGGAGUGGCGGCCAACGUGACGGUGACGGUGCAGAUCCUGACUCCUGAGGCCCUCGCUCACGCUGCGCCCCUCGUCCUCACGCCCAUCAUGCCCACGGACCUCACCCGAGGCUGGUUACCUACGGAGGGCGGCGGCGUACUGGGAUCCCUCCUGAAGGCGGUGCAGGAAAUGGUGGGCGGGUCGGACUACGCUGUGGAAGUGGUCAGUGUGUACGGCGGCUGUAGCGAUGCCUCCACCACGCUCCAGCUCACGCCCCAGCGCACGCCGCUAUCCAAGCCUGCCAUGGCCGAGUCCUCCACGUGUGUGUGGCUCAGCGCGAAGGACGCCCAAGACAGAUACAUGAACCUGGUCAAGCUUCAGGGUCUUCUGGCACUCCACACCCGCCAGCUGGAGACCGCCAUGGGUGUGAGCGUGGUUGUGAAUGACGCAGUGAUACCAGCCUCGAACGGUCCACACGGCAGCCCAACCCCAGAGGACGCUGACGAUGACGCAAGACUGGGACUGCAUUCUGUUCCCUUCCUAGCCUCCACUGGACUCCCGCUGCAGGUCGUGGAUGCAAACGCCACCUCCCUCGUCACGCCACGCCUCACCCGCGCCCACUCCUGCCUCGACCACGCCCAGAACUCAGAAACCUGCACGCCCACCUCCUGCCUCAACGGUGGGCGCUGUGUCCGAACUGAGGAGGGUGUUUACAGGUGUGUGUGUCCCGGGGGCGCGGAGGGACCUCAGUGCAAGGUGCUGGGCCGCAGUUUUGGGGACUCCGGUUGGGCGUGGCUGCACCCUCUUCCCCCUUGCCUUCCUGUCAUCCUGUCAUUCCGUGUUCUCACCCGCCGCCCUCAUGGCCUCCUCCUUUACGCUGGACCCUUGGCACCCACGCCGCGCCACGCCACGCCCGCUCCCAUGCUCGCCCUGCAGUUGGUGGAUGGGCGGCCACAGGCACUGCUGGAGGGCGGCGGCGGUCCUCUCAAGCUGAAGGUGAACAGCUCCCUGAGUGACGGCCUCUGGCACUCCCUGCACCUUUCCCUCGACCACCAGAGUGUGGUGAUGAUGGUGGAUCAGUGUGGAAGGGGCUGGACAGACCGAGAACAGAACAAUGUUAGCUGCCUGGCGCGGGCACGCUGGAGGGCUUCCAGGGGCAAGGAUGUGUGGGUGGGGUCCGCACCGCUGCAGGUGGGCGGCCUGGCUCAGACGCCGCCACGCCCUGAGGACCACGGCUGGCGCGAGGCUCCCACCCACCACCACCUGACUGGCUGUCUCUCUCGCUUCACCAUCAACACACAGGUGGUGGAUCUGGGCGAGGUGGCCAACAGCUACGACAGUGCCGCAGGCUGUCCUUCUCAAAACGCCGCUUGUCCGCAACACUGUGGGCUGCGAGGACAGUGUGUGGGCGGCCUGCAGCACCCUCGAUGUGAGUGUGACCCAGGGUGGACAGGGUCUGGCUGUGCCACGCCCACCGUUCCCGCCCGCUUCAAGGCAUCAUCGUACCUGAAAGUAGCCUUGUCCUUCUCGCCGGAUCCGUGGACAGUGCGCGUGCAGGUGCGGCUAAGGCUGCGGGGUCCCCGCUCCGGCCUGGUCCUUCAGCUGGCCGCCCGCCAUCGCGCUGCUACCCUCACACUCCACUUGCAGGCGGGCGUAGCGUGCGCAACCGUAUCAGGGGCAGGAUGGGCGGCGCGGCGAGUGUGUGUGGAGCGACGCCCCCUUGGAGACGGCUCCUGGCAUACCGUGGCAGCGGAGCGGCACGGCCACAACCUGCUGGUGAGCGUAGAUGACGGGGACGGCUGGCGGCGCAACGAGACCCUGGCGUCCCUGACGGUCCCCGGAGUAAAGGGCCCGCCGCUUCCCCUGGCGGUAGACAAACACGAUGGCGUGACAGUGGGCGGCCUGCCGGAAUUCACGGGCGUGGACUUGGUGACUGUGCAUGACGACCUGCAGGACACAUGUCUGGAUGACCUGCGGGUGUCGGGCUGGCCGCUGCCACUCCCUCCUGCUGUGAACGGCACCCCCUGGGGACAGGUGACCACUGCAGACAACCUUGCUCACGGGUGUCACCCUCAUGAGGAUCCCUGUGCCAACUCCAGAUGUGUGGCGCCACUGUCCUGCAGCGCCUCCUGGGACCAGCCACGCUGCAGCUGUGGUCCAGGCAGGCAGCUGUUGGGCGCCACGUGCGAGGACGUGGACGAGUGUUUAUGGCAGCCUUGUCUACACGGUGGUUCCUGCCAAAACCUGCAGCCUGGAUUCCUAUGUGUGUGCAGGCCAGGCCACCUGGGUGACCACUGUCAGUGGGUUGCUUCACCUCAAGGCACCCACCCGCUGGCACUUCCUAUCAUUAUGGCAGUGCUUGCCCUCUCCAUAUUGUUGCUGGCAGUGAUCGGUGUGCUGUUGUCACUUGGACUGCGUCGGUUUCGGCGGGGACGAGAGAACCUGACGGAACCAGGUGGCCAAGGUUGCAGUGGCAUCGUGACGGCUGGGAAAAACGAAGCAGGGUCAGAUGGGAUCCACUUGGAGCUAGUAAACCUGAAGUCGUCAAGAGUUCUAUCAAACCACGUGGAAAAUAGUUUCAUGUCAGUAAGGAGAGGAGGAGGCAGUGACGUCAGUGGCAGCAGCGCAGUGAUGGCCCGGGACACUCGUAGACCAUCCUCUCUCCUCGACCCAACAACUUUCCUGCCUGUGGAGCAUUUUAUAGCCUGCAGUGUUCACGAGGAAGGCUCCUGCAGCUAUACUCCUACAUGUGAGGGAGGGGGGGAAGGAAGCAACAUCAGCUUCAACUUCAGGGAGGGAGAACUGAACCAACAGACAGAGACAGUCUUUCCGUGUACUGGCAAUGACACUAGCCGUGGUAUGGUAAAUCUUUCACAAGCAGUAGAUCUUCACAAGGUGCCGUUUCCCCCCCUAGCCAACGCCCAACGGAGCCCCAAUCCAUCAAGACGGCGAGUGUAGCGUCAGCACAUCCAGCCGCUGCCAGCAGUGUGACGCCCAGCCUUGCAGAUCAUGAAAACACCCAGAAAUUUUAUCUCGAGGCAGGAGAGGAUCGAACUCUUGUCAAAAAUUUCAUAGUAGCUUACUGUUUCUAUGUCACCAGUCAGGGUAUAAAUAAUCACUAAGAGCCGUGUGAUUUUCGGUCUGUCUCAGCUGUUCUGACAAUACACUGGGAAGAAUGACCUUAGAGAAGAGUGGACAGUGGCAGCAGUUUCGUUUCUCUCUUAUUCCCACAUUGUUUCCUAUCCAUGUAUCCUAGUUUUACUGAAGUGUGAUUUUCUCUUUGCCUUGACUGUUCUGACAAUACACUGUGAAGAAAGAAUAGUAACAACGGUUUUGUUUCUCUCUUAUUCUCCCACUAUUCCUCAUUCUUUCAUCCUUGUUUUCGUAAAGAAAACAUCCCCUUAUGGUGCUGCAGUCCUGAUGCCCUCCUAUGGAUUCUAAGCUGCAAUUUUCCCUUUGUUUCUCUCUUAUUUUCCCACUCUUUCUUAUCCUUUCACUCUGAAGAAGACAUUCCCUCAUGGUGCUGAAGUCCUGCUGUCCCUCUAUGAAUAAUGCAUCACACCGAAGCUUAAACUGUAUCCUCCCUCAGGUGCUCCAGCCCACGUGUGCCAAUUGUACAUGAUCACUACUAGUCUGUGUUCGCCAUGCAGUUCUAUACGGACUAAAGUGUGUCAUGGUAAUUGUAAUGUGAACGGUUGACGAGGAACACUGCAAUCUCGAAAACUGAAUGACUCUGUGUACCUGUAACUUGACUUGCUCCACAAUAAAUUCAUCGUCCUUUUG